CAACUUCAGCCAGUUGUCAAUCAUGUCUUCGUCAAUACUGCUCACACCGCCGACUGCGAACGAUCCUUCGAAGACUCUAGCCGUCUCCGCGCAAGCUAAAUCGUUCUUCAGAUCGCAAUCUUCCUGGUCGCUCCCCUACCCGCUUUCACUCUUCUCGAACUCCGAAUCGCAGGAGAAAUGGGCCUCGUACGAGAACAUCUUCCUUUCUGCGCUGCGCACGGGCGACGAUGAUGCAGCAUAUCUGUGUCUCGAGGAACUCACCGACCGCUUCGGCCAGACAAAUGAACGCGUGGCAGCUCUCCGCGGGCUUUGGGCUGAAGCUACAGCCAAGACACAGGAGGAUCUGGAGAAUGUUAUGAAUCACUACGAAGAGAUCCUGAAGGAGGACCCCACAGUAUUCACGAUUCGCAAGAGAAGGAUAGCGUUACUGAAGAGCAUGGGGAAGACGGGAGAGGCGGCCGCGGCAUUGACCAACCUACUUGAUACGAGCCCCACGGACGUUGAGAGUUGGAGUGAGCUGGCGGAGUUAUACGUACAGCAGGGACUGUAUGAUCAGGCAAAGUUCUGCUUGGAAGAGGUUCUAUUGCUGGCACCGAAUGGAUGGAAUCUGCACGCACGGAUGGGCGAAGUCACAAUACUGAGCGCCAACGCACAGCAGGCUGGGAGCGGAGAACAGUUGAAGCAGCUAAGUGAGGCGGUGAGGAGAUUCUGCAGGAGUGUUGAAUUGUGCGACGACUACCUACGCGGCUACUAUGGAUUGAAGCUGAGCUCGACCCGAUUAUUGGAUGUCCUAUCUACGAGCAAGAAGGGACAGGUAACAAGCUCCGAUCCUUCGACGGGGGAUCUCGCACCGCCAAGCAUAGAAAACGUCAAGAAGUUGAAUGAAAUGGCGACAGCAAAACUUGCGGAGAUUGUACGAAGAAGCACAUCUGGCGAGAAGGGAUGGGAUGGCUACAAUGCAGCUGAGAUCGCUGCCGCUCGGGAAUUAUUAGACAAAGACACGCAGAAAAUUGCAAGAUGAGCGAGCGAGCCAACACGAUAGUAAGACACAGACAAGAUACCCAAUUGGAUCGAAAGGAUGAAAGCAAUUUUCUCAGGCCAGUACACAUAACUGUCUUGGUAUAUCCGCCAAUUCAA